AUGGGCCUCCAGCCUGCCGCGCUGCACUAUUUCACCGUGGAGUUUAAGACUGCAGUCCCGCAUCUCAACAUCACCAUCACACAGAGGCUAAACGUGCUACUUGAAACGGCUCAUUGCCCGGCGGGCUGGGUGCACUUGGAUAGGAGCUGUUACCGGGCGUGGCGGAAGGGCAGGCCGUGGGCAGAGGCUGGCCAGGCCUGCAAUGCAGUGGCUUCAGGAGCCCAUCUGGCCAACAUGGAGACGGAGGAGGACUUCCUGUUCAUCUCCUCCUACCUGCGGGCUCUCAACCACAUGGUGCUGCUGUGGACAGGCCUCAACGACUUGCAGCAGGAAGGAGAGCUUCGCUGGUCUAAUGGAGCUGCUUAUAACCUGACGAGUGUGGUGACAUCAUCACUGCCCGCCAAUCAGACGGACUGCUUCGCCCUGCAGAUGAACGCCACUGGCCCAAAUUACUUCUUCACAGGAUUCUUCUGCUACAUGCCCCUGCCGUACAUGUGUCACUACAGAAUGCCACCAGCGCCACCACGCUUUGACCUGCAGCUGGAGGAGGUGAGGGAGAGGGAGGCUCGUUUUCGGUGGACUCCCCUGGAAGACUGGGUGCAGGAGGGUGACGUGGCGGAGCUCUUCCUGCAGUACCAGGAGGUCACGUCUGCAGACAAACCGCAUCGGAGGACUCUGUCACCCAACGCCACCCACGUGGCCGUGCAGGGACUGUCCCCCGGGCGCGUCUACCUGUUCUCCGUCAGAGUGAGGCACCCCAGCGGAGUCACUCGAAGCUUGGGCUCCAUUCUCAGAGUCAUGACCAGGCCCAACCCACCGCAGAACGUCACAGUGAGGAAAGUCACAGCCACGGAAGUGCCUAUGUACUGGACCACCCCUGACCACUCCCACAAUGCCCUGUUCUACCAAUACCUGAUCACAUGGGUGGACGAGGAGGCGGGUGUGACGCAGACUCUGGCUGUGGAGAACUACACCACCUCUACUGUGAUUGGUGGCCUGCAGCCCUAUCACCUGUACAGUGUCAGUGUUCAGACUGUCACUGCCCAGGGCCUGCAGAGCUGUGUGGAUGCACCCCUCUCUGUCAUCACAGCGGUCAGUCCUCCUGGCCGCGUGUUCGUGCUUCUGGAGGAUGUGGGAGAGCAGAAUGUGACGGUGCGCUGGGAGCCUCCUCGGGGAGAGGAGGUUGAUGGGUACUACAUCCACGCCAGGUCAGCCGCUGAAGACGACAGCCCCGGAGAAUUCUGGGUAAAUGGCGCUCUCAGCUUUGAACUGAGCACGCUCACUCCAGGCGGGACGUAUGAGAUCGGGGUGGCAGCUGUGAAGAACGGGAACAGGAGCGAGGUGAAGACCUUCCUGCAAACGUUGAGGCCUAAAGGAGUCGAGAUAGCAGUCCCAUAUAAUGUCAGCACCCACUCCAUAGUGCUGUUCGUUCAAAGGCCUACUGCUGGUGUAUUUGAUGGCAUUAAUGUUAUCUACAAAGGAGGCAGCAAGCACAAGGCCCUCUCCAAAGGGGACGAUAAAGUCAUCAUUGAGAACCUGAUGCCUGGGACCGUGUACGAGUUCUCUGUCUAUGUCACCAGCAGAGGCAUGACCAGUGCGGUCUACAGGGUCCCUGCUGUGAAGACAUGCCUGGCUCCACCCACAAAUGUCCGGGAGGGAGCGGUGACGGACACGUCAAUAGAAGUACUGUGGGAUGAGGCUGAAGGAAGUUUCCAGAACUACGAGGUGGUCUGUGUGGACUGUGGAUCUGCAGUCAUAGUACAGAAGGUAAAGGAGGGCAGAGCGCGGUUUGCUGAGCUGCAGCCGGGGCAGCUGUAUAAUCUCUCCAUUCGGACUGAGAAGGAGAACUUCAAAGACAGUACCCCGGUGUCCUGCAGGAUACGAGCUGCACCCAGUGCAGCUGAGAGGCUGUCCUUUAAUAAGACCUCAACUUCUGUAACAGUCAGCUGGUCCGAGGCUCAAGGUGUCUUCAAUGGUUUUAUCCUGUCAAUCACAAACGCGACUUUCAAAAAACAGGAAAUCCUCACUGCUUCUGACCACAGAAUCCAUCAGUUUGAGGGCCUCUUACCUGGAAGUGAUUACAGAAUUGACGUAAUUACCACAAGUGGUGAGAAGUGGAGUCUCCCAGCCACUAUAGAUGUGACCACUGCCCCUGCUGCCCCCAGAGAUGUGACCUUCAUUGAUCAGGACGGGAGCUCUCUCUACGUGACCUGGAGGCACCCUCAAGGCCAGGUGGAGGGGUACAGGCUCGGUUAUGGCUUGCUGGAGACCAAAUCCAAGCGCCGUAAAGUCACUGUUCGUGACAGUAGCGUCAGGAUCAAGGAUUUGACUCCGGGGACGGAGUAUGAGUUCACCAUCCAGUCCUUCAAAGGGGCAGAGAGCAGUGAGACAGUCUUAAAGCAUGUCCUCACACGUCCCGCCAGCGUCCGCUCCCUCUCUCUGAUACACGUUAACUCUUCGUCUGCUGAAAUCACGUGGGAAUCCGCGGUUGGACCGUUCGACCAUUACAGAUUGACCGUGGUGAACGACUCUGUGGUCCAGGAAGUCAAUGUGUCCAAGGACAGCCUGGCCUACACUGCCUCUGGCCUGCAGGAUGGAUGCACCUACAACGUGACCGUGGAGCGGGUCAGGAAUGGGGUCGGAGGGACCGCUGCCUCUCUGACUGUGACCACAGAGCCAGCCAGCCCGCAGGGUGUCCGCGUCACCAGCGUCUCCUCCCGCAGCUUCUCCCUGCGCUGGAACAGCCCGUCCGGCUGUGUGGACCGGUACCAGCUGGACCUGUCCCCCAACCAUGGCCGGGUCACCCUCCGCAGCCUGCGGGACGGAGGCCUGCAGGCGGACGUGUUCAGUGUCACCCCGGGAACGUCCUACACGGCGACGGUCACCGCGGCCGCUUCGGGUUCCUUCAGCUCGCCCGUCAGUCGGCUCAUCACCACCAACGAGUCCACUCCAGGGGCUCCCACGAAUCUGGAAGGGGAGAGGGUAGGAUCCACAGGCAUCCUGCUCUCCUGGACCGCACCCACCGAUUCCAACGGGAAGAUCCACGCUUACGCCAUCAAGUACAAAGAAGUGUGCCCAUGGCCCGAGUCCACCUUCAACCAAAUGCUGACCUCCUCGGAGAUCCCAGAAUACCUCCUCAAUACCCUCACGCCCGGAUCCACCUACAACAUCAAGGUGGCAGCACAGAACAAUGCUGGAAUCGGAGUCUUCAGCAAGUCCCUCUACAUCAAAACAGCUGAAGCUCCUCCUGGCCUGGUCACAAACCUCACGGCCUUUGCCACCAACCAUUCAGUGGUAAAGGUGACGUGGUUUCUGCCCCGGCGCACCAACGGGCUGAUCACCAGGUUCUCCAUCAAAGCCAAGCACGCCCGCACCGGUCAGACUGUGAAGACUCUGGAGAUCAACGCGGAGGACAUCAUGAACGGGGUGCUGCCCCACUGUAAUGACGCAGCAGAGAUCCUAUCGCGUGGCACUCCCAGCCCGUCAGAGACCUCCCUGCUGACCUCGGCCUCCCUGCCCCCCAUCACCCUGUCAGCUCUGCCUCCGGCCUCCUCCUGGAGCGUGCCCAUCAGUGUGGUGGUGGACCAGCUGCGCUCCUACACCGCCUACGUCUUCGAGGUGUCCGCCUUCACCAGCGACGGCGAGGGCCAGAUCGCCAGCUACAUGGUCCGCAUGCCGGAGUCAGCCCCCGAGGACCCCCCUCAAAACCUGUCCGUGUGGAACGUCACCUCCAAAUCCUUCUCCCUGUCCUGGGACCCCCCCACCAUCGUCACGGGGCGAUUCAGCUACGUCAUCGAGCUGUACGGGCCCGCAGGUUACAUCUUUGAGAACAGCACCCUCGAUCUGAAAUUUAUGUACUCUGGCCUGACGCCAUACACUCACUACCGAGUGGUGGUUCGGGCGAAGUCUGCAGGCGCUCUGGGACCAGAGGCAGAAACCCUUGUGUUAACCCCUGCGGAGGCUCCCAGUGCAGUCCUUGCGCUGAGGGCCACAGCCAUUGAUUCUACCUCGGUGAGGCUCUCAUGGAGGAGUCCAAGUCAACCCAAUGGACUCAUCACCCAGUACAAGAUUCUGGUUCUGAUCCGGGACACGGUGGUUCGAGAUAUUACUCUCGUAGGCCGUACGGAGGAUCUGAAUGGAACUCACUUGAACAGCGAUGGUAUGUUACUUCGCCGUGCACGAGACGCCACCUUUCGCCUGUUUAACCCUUACCAAAGAUUGGGCGACUUCACCCCGACGGCCCCGCCGCCGGCCUCGGCGGUCACCUUCUCCUCCUUCCUGUCCGCCACGAGCCUCACUAACCGAGCCAGCACCCUCACAGAAGCUGCCACCGCCCGCCACACCGCCUCCGCCAUCUCCGCUACCCAGGCCCCUGCCACCACUGCCCUCUCCCUCACCUCCACCCCUGCCGACACCGCCCUCCCCUGGCUGACCGACACCGCCCACCCCCUGCCAUUUACCGACGAGGCUGAGGACGGGCCUGCCACGGCUGCCCUCACCCUCUCCACCGACCCCCCUCCCACAGGCACGCAGGACACCGCCCGGCCGCCCGCCCUCAGCUCCAGCCCCGCCCAGCCCCGCCUCUCCACCCGCGCCGCCGUCAGCGCCGACAUCGCAGCGGGUAAAUCACGCAACCACCACACCGCCGCAGUAACAUCUUCUAGUCUGGAGGUGAUUGAUGUCUCUGCUGACGAGAUCUUCUACGUGGUGACCAACCUCAGUCCCUUCACUGAGUACACCUUCAGCGUGUCUGCCUUCACUGCGGUCGGAGAGGGCCCUUUGUCUGAAAUCAGGGAGAAAACCAGAGAACAAGUGCCGAGCUCCGUUCAAAGCGUGUCCUAUCAGAACAUAAGCUCCACCUCCAUCCGGGUGUCCUGGGAGCCUCCUCUGAACCCCAACGGCAAGAUCACGCACUACACCGUCUACGGCCUGGACCUGUUUAGCAAGCAGGCCUUCCAGAGGGUCACCAACGAGACCAGCGUCGUCCUCUCAGGGCUGAGGAAGUACACCAGCUACAAGCUGCGAGUGGCGGCCUCCACAGCGGUGGGAGAGAGCUCUCUGUCCGAGGAGGACGACAUCUUCGCCGUCACCAUGGAAGACGAGCCCGACUCUCCCCCUGUGAACCUGGCUGUGCAUAAUGUCACCUCCUCCUCUGCCACCGUCACAUGGUCACCCCCCGUGACGCCCAACGGCAUCAUCCAGUUCUACAAGGUCCUGUACGGAAACUCGACUGUGAGGGCAGCGGUCAACAGCCCCUUCCCAAGCGUGACUCUCGAUGGCUUAGAACCGUACUCUCUCUACAACGUGUCCGUGAGAGCGUACACCAAGCACGGCGACGGAAACCAAACGUCCGCAGUUCUGCAGGUGUUAACCGGGGAAGACGUUCCCGGCAGCCCCCCCUAUGACCUGACCUAUGAAAGCAUCAGCUCCAGCGAGGUCAACGUGUCUUGGAGGGCGCCGCUCCUGGCCAACGGCGUCAUCGUCUCCUACACGGUGGAGUACUGGAACUCCACCCACUACCUCAACGUCAGCACGCCCGUCACCUCCGCCCGCCUGUCGAACCUGCGCAAGUACGCCCGCUACCGGGUGGCCGUGCGGGCCAGCACCAGGCUGGGCAGCGGCAACCACAGCAGUGAGGUCCUCAACAUCACCACUCUGGAGGACGUACCAAGUUCUCCCCCACGAUACCUGUUUGCCAGGAAGUUGUCAGAUAAGCAGGUAGAGUUGUCCUGGUCACCGCCACUCGAAGCCAAUUCAGAAAUCCUCUACUACCAAGUUCGCGUGUGGAACCUGACCUCUGAUCACACGGAGAACGUGACCGUCACUUCUGUGAUUGUGGAAGUGGAAGGUGAAGGUCAGUACAAUGCCUCAGUGUCGAGCUGGACCCGUCUGGUCCCAGCUGAUCCUCCCCAGAAUGUGUCCUACAUCAGCCUGACUCCCACCUCUGUGGAAGUCACGUGGUUCCCCCCGACUCAGCCCAAUGGCAUCAUCCAGUUUUACACUGUUUACUACAGUGACAAUGUCACCGUGUACGCUCAGAUAGUUCCCGUUUCCGGUGGAGACACCGAGGCCUCCGAUUCGCCCCACUCAGUGGUGAUUGGGGGCCUGGCCAAGGGCAGCCAGUACAGUAUGUGGAUCACCUCCAGCACCUCACAGGGGGACGGUGACGUCAGGAGCGAUGUCAUCUACUUCUACACCAUGGAGGACGUUCCGGACGGGCCAAUCCACAACCUGACGGCCCAGAACUUCACCUCCACUGCCAUCAUCGUCAGCUGGGACCCUCCGCUGGCGCCCAAUGGGAAGGUGUUCUACCACCUCAGCCUGCAGGAGGCGCACAAGAAUGAGCUCAGCUCCAACAAGACCACCAACAAGACCACCAAUGACACGGUGUUCCUCUUCACCAAGCUGCGCAAGUACACCGACUACGUGCUGCGGGUGACCCCGGCGACCUCCGCUGGCUUCUCGGAGAACAGCACCACCGUCCUGUACCUGAGGACCGAGGAUGACGUCCCCAGCUCUCCGCCUCUGAUGGGCUCCAGCAGGAACCUGUCCUCCUCCUCCAUCCACGUGUCCUGGCUGCCCCCCCUGGAGCCCAACGGGGUGAUCACUGAGUACGUGGUGGUGCUGCAGGGCCUGGGCGGGGCCAACACCACCGUCACCCCCAACACCAGCCUGACCCUCACCAACCUGGUGGCCUUCACGCCCUACAACGUGUCCAUCGCCGCUGGCAACCGCCGGGGCCUGGGGCCCUCCCUCACCCUGCUGCUGCACACGGAUGAAGCAGGGCCUGCAUCCCCACCCAGGAACCUGAGUAUUUUUAACCACACGGCGGACUCGGUGUGGCUGACCUGGGAGGCCAGCCUGGAGCCGAACGGAGUGGUGCAGUACUACGGCUUCCGGAUCCUGGAGGUUCAGCGGCAGACACUGCGCUACCAGAACUCCUCUAGCCCCUCCACUCAAGCCCAGCUGACUGGAUUCAAGCCCCACAGCACCUACCAAAUCACUGUGUGCACCUUCACCAAAGUGGGGAACGGAGAUCAGUACAGCGACCCUGUCACCUUCACGACCAACGAGUCAGUGUCGGAAGCGGUGGGAAACCUCUCCUGCCUCGGGAGAAGCUGGGACUCUGUGUUUCUGGAGUGGGAGGCGCCGGCCCAUCCCAAUGGAGAGCUCACGCACUACGUGAUCCGUUUCGGGGACGGGCGGGAGGAGGAGCUGAGUUCGUACGCGCUCCAGCACACCGUGACGGGCCUUCGGGCUGACGCCAGCUACACCUUCACUGUGAUGGCGGUCAACUCGGCCGGGCCAGGGGAGGCCAGCUCCUGCAACGCCAGCACGCCUCCGGAGUCAGUGCCGGGUCCUCCGCUCUACCUUAACGUGACCGAGGUCCAGCCCACCAGCGUGACCCUGGCCUGGGCCCCGCCGGACAGCGUCCCGGGCCACCUGCGAGAGUACCGCAUCACUGUGCAGCUCCUGUCCCAGCACUGCGAGGACUGGGCCCACGCCGGCUGCGUGGAGACCCAGGUGCAGGUGUACGCCAACGGCACGGGGGCCGUCCAGGAGAUCACCCUGCAGUCCCUCCGAAAGUACAGACAGUACCGGUUCCGUGUGGCGGCCUGCACCAACGCGGGCUACGGGGAGCCCUCCGAGUGGGUCUCCAUUCAGACACUGCCAGGCAACCCUGACGCCCCGCCCCGCAGUGUCACGGUGAUGCCCUUUUCCAGCAGCGUUAGGAUCGAGUGGAAGGAACCUGAGCAGCUGUCUGGCCCCACCUCGUACCUGAUCGAUAUCGUGGAAGGCCCGCUUUUUAACCAGACGCUCGUCAGGAGACCUAAGGAGAUCAGGAUGGUGGUGGUGUCCAACCUCACGGCCUUCACCUUGUACCAGGUGACUGUGACGGCCUUCACUGGGGACGUGAGCGAGGCCAGGCAGAAUGGCAAAGCCAGUGCCCCUGUGUACAUCAGAACUCUGGAAGAAGAACCGAAAGACCCCCCCAACAACAUCACCCUGCAGGUGAUCCCAGAGGAGGUGACGAAGGUGUACGUGACGUUCUUGCCCCCGGCCGAGCCCAACGGGAACAUCAGUGCCUACCAAGUGACCAUCUACAGAGAGGGCCAGCUGGACUUCCAGAUCCCCAGCCUGCGGGUCAUCAAAAACAAGAACCAGACCAUGACCGCGGUCAUAGAGGGUCUGAAGGGCGGUUACAACUACAGCAUAAGGAUUUCUGCAGUCAAUGGAGCUGGACCAGGCCCCAGUUCAGAGGUUCAGCUCACGACUGGAAUCAAAGCGCCACCAAAGCCCACCAGGAGACCGGAGGCAGCGACGGACCGAAACGGCGUUGUCAUGGUGACCUCCAGAAGCAUCACGAUCCAGAUGCCUGUAUGCUUCUUCUCUGACGAUCACGGGCCCAUUCAGAAGGUGCAGGUCAUCGUCGCAGAAGAAGCAGUGAUGGAUGACAGCAACCUAACCAACUGGAAGAAUGCCUUCCAGUACAAACCGGCUCCGUACCUCACGGACGAAGGCUUCCUGAACCCGGUGUGCUACCAGGACAUGGGGCGAAGGGUUCCCUAUGUGGACACAUACGUGAUCGGGGCCGAGGAUGACUGCCUCUCGCAGGGGAAGGACAACACCUUCUGCAACGGGCCUCUGAAACCUAAAACCCAAUAUGUAUUCAAAUUCCGAGCCACAAACAUACAAGGUCAAUACACAGACUCCGACUACUCUGAGCGCACCAGGACCGCAGAUGACCGUCUGUUGGACCGGGACGAGGAGAUCAUCCUCGGGGUGCUGCUCUCUUUCUUCCUGGCUGUGUUUCUCAUCGUGAUCAUCUACGCCUCCGUGCGCAUUCGUCAGAAGCAGAAGGAGGGCGGGACUUAUUCCCCGCGGGAGGCGGAGAUCAUCGACACGAAGUUCAAGCUGGACCAGCUAAUCGCCGUGGCAGACCUGGAACUGAAGGAGGAGAAGCUGAACCGGUACUCCUCGUUUUUCUUUAGGCGGAAGGAAAUAUUUGUGAUCCAGCUUCUCAGUUAUAGAAAAUCUCUCAAACCUGUUAACAAGAAAUCAUUCCUGCAGCACGUGGAGGACCUGUGUGCAAACGACAACGCCAAGUUUCAGGAGGAAUUUGCGGAACUCCCAAAGCUGCUGCACGACCUGGCGACCUCCGACGCCGACCUGCCGUGGAACCGAUCCAAGAACCGCUUCACCAACAUCAAGCCGUACAACAACAACCGAGUGAAGCUGCUGUCAGAACCUGGUGUUCCUGGGUCAGACUACAUCAACGCCAGCUUCGUCUCGGGUUACCUGUGUCCCAACGAGUUCAUAGCCACCCAGGGUCCCCUGCCCGGCACCGUGGCUGACUUCUGGAGGAUGGUCUGGGAGACUCGGUCCCGCACCAUCGCCAUGCUGACUCAGUGUUUCGAGAAGGGCAGGAUCCGCUGUCAUCAGUACUGGCCCGAGGACAACAAGCCGGUCACCGUGUUCGGAGACAUCGUCAUCACCAAGCUGACCGAGGACGUGUUCCCCGACUGGACCGUCCGUGUCCUCAAAGUGGAGAGGCACGGUGACUACAUGGUGGUGAACCACUUCAACUUCACGUCCUGGCCAGAACAUGGCGUUCCCGAGUCCAGCACCACCCUGAUCCAGUUUGUCAAGUCAAUCCGGGCCAACAGAGGCCAGGACAACACCACCAUGGUGGUGCACUGCAGCGCGGGCGUGGGCAGGACGGGCGUGUUCAUCGCCCUGGACCACCUGAUCCAGCACGUGCGCGACCACGACUUCGUGGACGUGUACGGCCUGGUGGCGGAGCUGCGCAGCGAGAGGAUGUGCAUGGUGCAGAACCUGGCACAGUACAUGUUCCUGCACCAGAGCACCCUGGACCUGUUGUCGAGUAAAGGAAACAGCCAGUCAAUCUGGUUUGUUAAUUAUUCCGCCCUGGAGAAGAUGGACUCUCUGGAUGCCAUGGAAGGUGAUGUUGAGCUCGAAUGGGAGGAAACGACGAUGUAAAGAUUGUAUUUAUAUUUUUUAUCAGUUUGCUUCGGCUAUGUCUUCAAUGGCUAAACUGAAAAGACUCCGAUCACGGAAAACUUGUCUGGACACUGGGGCCAAACCACUGUAAAUAGGCAUUUUGAACAAAGCUUUUUCUCAGCUCUGUACCUCCAGCUCUACC